GUACAUAUGCUCACACAUGCUAAGAAAAUAAAGCUCUGAAGUCUUAAGCAUAUAUUUAUCGUUAUGAUAAAUAAAUGAAUGUAUAAUCUCUAAAUUAUAGCCUAUUAAUAUAUAUCCUGGAAUUGCACUUCACAAAACAGACCAUAAUAAACUAUGCACUUCAGACAAAAAAUUGAUCGUGCGUAUUGAGGCCUUCUGUUUGUACAAAAUAAUGAAUAUGUGAGGAAUAGCGACACUUUUGGAAAGGGUUUAUUUCAUUAUUUUCUGCUGAAGCCAACUUAGCACACAAAAGAGUAAAGAAAACACUGGCUGCAGAUGCUCUACUAAUAAUGACUUGUGGCUGUGUGGUAAGACAUGGGAGGAGCUUCAGAAGAAUCAACUUUUUCAGCUUUUGAGGCGUGCACUAUAUUGAUUCUUCUCUAAAAUUGAGAGUGAAUGUGAAUCUGAGCGUCCUCUCCGCAUAAUGGUGCUUUUCAGACGCAGCAAUGAUUUUUACGAAGCUUUCUGGUGAUUAAAGCUUUUAUUUUUCUGCAGUUUAUGUGAAGGAGAAUGGAUUAUGCGUACGCGCGCUCGCAUCAGCAUGACAAGAAUCGAGUUGAGAGCGCGCGCGACAGACAAAUGACAAUUUCAGUCAUUAUGUUGCUUUUUGUUGUGCUUCUUCCAUAUGCGCUCACAGCACACUUGGCUGUCAUAUCCCCCCAGGAUCCAGUGCUUCGCAUCGGCUCGAGCUUGACUGCAGUGUGCACUGUUAGCGCCGAGCUGGAAAUAACAGCUAGAUCCUUGUACUGGACGCUGAACGGCAGACGUUUGGCGAGAAACACUUACAGAGUCCUGAGCCCAACCGAAUCAAGUGUCACUCUUCAUCAACUCAAUGGCUCCUUGCAGCAGUCAGGAGACAACCUGGUUUGCCACCGAAGCAACGGAGAAGUGUUGGCCGGAUCGUGUAUUUAUGUUGGGUCACCCCCUGAGAAACCCGUCAACCUGACAUGCUGGUCACGAAACACCAAAGACCUCAGCUGCAGAUGGAGUCCAGGGAGUCAAGGAGAAACGUUCAUCAAUACCAAAUACAUCCUCAAGUACAAACUCAAAUGGUACGGUAAAGAGAAAGACUGCGAGGACUACACGGGACAGCCGUAUAUGUGCUACGUUCCACGCGACCUUGCCAUUUUUACACCAUAUGAAGUCUGGGUGGAUGCGUCCAAUCAGCUUGGCUCUGCCACUUCUGAUGUGGUCACCUUAGACAUUUUAGAUGUAGUAACUACAGAUCCGCCUCCUGAUGUCCUUGUGAGCCGUGUUGGAGAUCUAGAAGAUCAGUUAAGUGUCAGUUGGGGCAGUCCUCCUGCCCUGAAAGACUACUUGUUUCAGGCCAAGUAUCAGAUACGAUACCGUGUGGAGGAGAGCGACGAAUGGAAGGUGAUAGAUGAUGCUGGGAACCAAACGUCAUGUCGGUUAGCAGGUCUCAGAGCAGGUACUGUAUAUUUUGUCCAAGUACGCUGCAACCCAGUGGGCAUCUACGGCUCGAAGAAGGCAGGUAUCUGGAGCGACUGGAGCCACUCGACUGCCGCGUCAACACCUGGUAUUGCAGAAAGGUCACAUAGUGGCUCGUGCGAUUCGAAGCCCAGUGAGCACAACUCAACGCUACGAAAGGAGCUCAAGCAGUUUUUCGGCUGGAUGCGCAAACACUCUUACGGCUGUACGGACGUCAGCAUCAAACUCUACGACCAAUGGCGCGUCUGGCUGCAGAAAGCCCAGAAAACACACGACCAGGUACUACAAAGCGGUAAAUCAUAGUAAAACUCUAAAGAAGGCUUGGGAGAGUUUGCAGGGGCCUGCGACGACAAGGUUUUUAUCACUCUCCAGUGCUUGGGAUGUUUCAUCUGGAUGAGCCAAGACUCUCUGAAGGAAUUCACAAGGAGACCGUAGUUUGGCGACAUGAUCUACUGCUAUUGUCCCCGUCAAGUACGUCAAAGGAAGUGCUUUUGUCUCAGACAUGUUAUUUAUAAGGCCAUUAAAACAAAGAAAGACUCAAAAUGACGAAAGAGAGCAUAAAAUGUUGAUGAUGAGACUUUCUUAUUCUCUGAAUAAGGGACCUUUACAACUAGCUGACACUCAAAGACACACAGGUAGUUUGAAAAUGAAAAAAAAAAAAAAAAAAACUUACAGAAUUGACAAUUUUAUAUACAAACUAAGUUUACCUUAUUUGCUAAGACUGAGAGUUUGUAAGCAACAAAAAAAGAAUUUAAAUACUUAUCUCUUAAAGGAAUAAUCUACUAAAAAAGUGGUCGCACUUUACAAUAAGCUCUCAUUUAUUAACAUUAGUUAAUGCUUUAACAUGAACUAACGAGAAAUAUAUUCUUACAGCAUUUAUUAAACGGUUAAUUCCCCCAAAAAUUCUGUCAUGAAUGACCUCAUGUUGUUCCAAACCCAUAAGACCUUCGUUCACCCUCAGAACACAAAUGAAGAUCUUUCUGAUGAAAUGUGAGAGCUUUCUAUCCCUCCAUAGUCAGCCUACGCAAUUGCAACUUAGAGAUUGGAAAACGACUCCAUAUGAAUUGAGCAGUUUAGUCCAAAUUUUCUGAAGAGACUUAAUUGCUUUUUAUGACGUAAUUUAGGUAUUUACUCACAUAUAAACACUGAUCAGCAAACAUAAACAGAAUCUCAACCGAACCUGAAUCACACGCGAGAACAAACCUCUUCCAGAAGCUCAAACGUGCUGCGUAACACACGAGAAUGAA